CUGAGAGCUCACACACUGACAACAAGGAAAACGGCUCUGCAGCAUACCUGACAGAACCUUUGGAAAUAUUCACCCUUGAGCAAGAAAAGACCUCAUCAUGUGCCGAGGACUCGAUUCCCUGCCCAGCACCUGUCUGGAGAGGGCAAAGGAGCUGAAAGCUCUGUUUGGAAGUUUACUCCAGAAGUCAGAUCACAGCAUCACUGGCACUGGACAGUCAAAGAAAUGUAACAAACUGAGGUUAAAUAUCAAUGAGCCUCUGAAAUGGAAGGAAUCGUUUGAGAAUCUGCUUUCCAGCCAAAAUGGACUGUGCCUGUUCAGAGCAUUCCUCGUCUCUGAGUUCAGCGAGGAAAACAUUGCCUUCUUCUUGGCUUGUGAGGACUUCAGGGCAGCUAAACCCGCAAAGCUGGCCACGAAGGCCAAAAGAAUUUAUGAUGAAUUCAUCAGAACUGAUGCACCAAGAGAGGUAAAUCUGGACCAUGUGACCAAAGCCAUCAUAAAGGAGAACAUGGAGCAUCCCAGCCAGUCCUGUUUCGACUUGGCCCAAUCCAAAAUCUACACCCUGAUGGAGAAGGACUGCUACCCUCGCUUCCUCAAGUGCCCCACGUACCUGGAGCUCAGCAGACAGACCAAGACAGGCUAAUAGAAUUGACUCCUGAAGAGAUUUGCCCGCAAGCCGCAGAUGGGAUGUGAUCACUCCCCAAAGUCACUGACGCACAGCGGAGACUGGAAAAGUUCGGAUGGAACGGAUUACCUCAGUCCAAGGAGUUUCACGCCAUUUCAUGUGGAGGUUGCACGCCGAUCAGGGUCCGAGCUGGAAGCUAAAGGACACUGUGGCUGCGAGAAGAGACCGACACAGACUGAGUGUCUCUAAAAGAGACGUGUACUCUACAUACUUGAGCAGCGGAGUGGCAUGAAGAAUAACAUGCAGAGACAAUAACUUAAUUCCACACAACUAAACUACCACUGUGAUAGAUGCUAUUCUUUAUUUAUUUAUUUAUUCUUUAUUUAUUAAAAGUUUCUUUUUGGCUGUGUGAAUGUUUGCUGUGCAACUGGUUGGUGAAAACUGAUUUGUAUUUUACAUGUUUUUAUCUGAAGUACUGUAUGUGAAAUCUGUGCAGUGAAUAAAAGAUUCUCAAUUUA